AUGACGACCGCGGGCCCGAAGGUCGUCGUCGGCGCCGAGCGCGACGACUCGCGCGUCACCGGCGUCGCGCUCCCGCCCGGGUCGUCCGCGAGCUCGGACAAGGGCGCGGUGACGAUGUCUCUCUCCGGUCUUCGGUGGAACCUCAGAGGCGCGCCCGCGUGGGUGCGCGCGUCGACGCGCUGGUGGGGCGACGAGGGCGACGCGCCAGCUGGCGCGCCGAAGCGCCGCCGCGCGUGGGCGCGCCUCGCGACGGAAACGUCCGCGGAGCUGACGUUUCCGGUUCGAUGCAAGCCCGCGGGGUUCGCGCGGUACUGCCGCGACGCGCGCGCGGUCGUGAUCGAGAUCUCGGACGGCCGCACCGCGCGCGUCAUCGCUGAGUGCUCCGUCGACGUCUCCUCCCUCGACGUCCAUCACGCCGUGAACACGACCGUGCCGCUGUGCACGCGCGCGGGUAGCGCGCUCGGCGCGCUCGACGUCCGCGUCGCGAUCGAUUACGUCCCGGGGGCGGUGUCGUCGUUCGAGAUGAACGAGCACAUGUCGAGGGUGGACGACAAGCUGCCGUUGGCGCCGCCGCCGUCGACGAAGCCUCUCGCGGCGAGACGACGCGCGGAAGCCGAGGCCGAGGCUGCGCAUCAUCGGAGCAUCCACGACGUCAUUCGCCCGCCGACGCGCGUCGCGGUCGCGUCGGUGGUCCACGAGAACAAGCUCGCGCACUUGCGGUCGCUGCGGAGAAAGGGCGGCGGCGGCGCGGGGCACCCGCUGCCCGCGGAGGCGCCGAUCGAAAUACCCGUGGCUCCUCGUACGCCCGUCUCGAAGAGUACGAAGAAUACGAACGACGAAACAAACGCCACCCCCUCGAGCGUUUUAGAGCUCGCGGAACGACUCGCGGCGCAGAUGGACGACGCGCUCGCGUUCGACGCGCGCGCGUUGGAGACGUCGCUGGACAUGAGCGAUCGACGGUUCGAUCGACGGUUCGUCGCGCCCGCGUCGCCGACGCGCGCGCGAUGGUGGGGCGACGUGGGCGACAGCGUCCGCGCGUCGACGCGAAGCGACGCGAGCGGCGCGAGCGGCGUUUCGAAGGUCGACAACUACGAUUUCGAUCGCGACGACGACGACGCCGCGCUGUGCGCGGACGAGGCGAUACUUCGCGAGCUCUUCUUCGUCGACGACGACGGCGAGGGCACCGGCCGCGCGAGCGCGGACGGCGCGUUGCUCACGGGUCCGACCGCGGUCAAAGCGCGCGAGGAGGAGGCCAUCCGAGCGGUCGCGUCGCUCGCGGACGAGGCGGAGGCGGAGCUCGCGCGCGACGUCGCGAUCACGCGCGCGGCGCGCGCGCGCGAUGGACUGGACGAGACGCCGUGGGACGCGUUUGAAGACGUCGAGCCGCCCGUCGUCGGCCCCGUCGUCGAGCUGCGCCUCACCGCGCACUCGGGGCUCGUCCGCGCGUUAGACGUCGUGUCGGACGACGACGACGAGGACCGAGAAGGCGAACCGGCGGAAGGCGAAAAGGCGCCGUCAAUAUCGGCGUGGACCGGGUCCAUGAACGCGGCGAAGCGCGCGGCGAGGCGCGCGGGCGUCCCCGAGUCGCUCGUCGUCGUGAUCAAAGCCGGGUACGCGCCGGGCGAGCUCGGGCGCGUCGUCCUGGAGGGACUCGGCCCGAAAGGCGCGGGCGUCGCGCGCGUGAGGCUCACGGAGGCUGCCGCCGCGGAGCUGAUGAGCGGCGAGAAGAAUCUCGCGCUCGCGUUGGAGCUGUGGACGCCGGACCGCGCGGCGAACGCGGGCGCGCCGGCGUCGGACGGCGCCCAGAGGUCGCGCGGUAUCGACACAGCUGGCGCGUCCGACAGCGCGGAGCUCGGCGCGCGGUUGUUCGGGCAGAUGUUCGGCGACUUCGAGCGCGCGGACCCGGACGACAUGCACGGCAUCGCGGCGGUGCCGCUCGCGGAGCUCGCGAGGGAUCUCGGGCGGGAUCUCGGAGGGAGGAACGCGGCAGACGACGACGAGUUCCCGUUGAACCGCGUGUUCGAGGUGAGGAAUCCGAUAUCGGGCGACCUGGGCGGGUACAUCGGCGUGGAAGCGCGCGUCUUGUCCACGUGA